CCCAUCCCACCAGUGGCAGACCAAAAUAGACAGUGAGACAGUACGACAUAGCCAAGCUAACCUACACACCAGAAAUGGCUUCCACCGGAGUUCUCCCCUUCAUAAGGGGAGUGGACCUCAGUGGAAACGACUUCAAAGGUGGUUAUUUCCCAGAACAUGUCAAGUCUAUGAGCAGCCUGCGAUGGCUGAAGCUGAACCGCACUGGACUGUGCUAUCUCCCGGAGGAGCUGGCCUCUCUGCAGAAGCUGGAACAUCUGUCUGUGAGCCACAACAGCCUGACAACAUUACAUGGAGAACUUUCCAGCCUGCCCAAUUUGAGGGCAGUGGUCGCCAGAGCCAACAACUUGAAAAACUCUGGGGUUCCCGAUGACAUCUUCCAGCUGGAUGACCUAUCAGUGCUGGACUUGAGCUUCAACCAGCUGACGGAGGUUCCCCGGGACCUGGAGAACAGCAGGAACAUGCUGGUGCUCAAUCUGAGUCACAACGCCAUGGAGGCCAUCCCCAAUCAGCUGUUCAUCAACCUGACCGACCUGCUGUACCUGGACCUGGGAGACAACAAGCUGGACAGCCUGCCACCACAGAUGAGGCGCCUGGUGCACCUCCAGACGCUCGUCCUCAACAACAACCCGCUCAUGCACGCCCAGCUACGCCAGCUGCCUGCCAUGGUUGCUCUACAGACCCUCCACCUGCGAAACACCCAGAGGACCCAGAGCAACAUGCCCACCAGUCUGGAGGGCCUCACACACCUAUCAGACGUGGACCUUUCCUGCAACGACCUGAGCCGGGUGCCCGAGUGCCUGUACACGUUGGGCAGCCUGAAGAGGCUCAACCUGAGCGGCAACCAGAUCACGGAGCUGUCCCUCUGCAUCGACCAGUGGACCCAGCUGGAGACGCUCAACCUCAGCCGCAACCAGCUCACCUCACUGCCUUCGGCCAUUUGCAAGCUGUCCAAGCUGAAGAAGCUGUAUGUGAACUCUAACAAGCUGGAUUUUGAUGGGGUUCCGUCUGGAGUGGGAAAGCUGGUCAGCCUCACAGAGUUUAUGGCUGCCAACAACAACCUGGAGCUCAUCCCUGAGGGGCUAUGCAGGUGUGGUAAGCUGAAGAAGCUGGUGCUCAACAAGAACCGACUGGUCACGUUACCUGAAGCCGUCCACUUCCUCACCGACCUAGAGAUCCUGGACGUGCGAGAGAACCCAAACCUGGUGAUGCCUCCUAAGCCCGUGGACCGCUCGGCUGAGUUCUACAACAUCGACUUCUCCCUGCAGAACCAGCUCAGGCUGGCUGGAGCCUCGCCCGCUACCAUAGCUGCGGCCGGAGGAGGCGCCAGCUCUCGCGACCCCAUGGCGAGAAAGAUGAGGCUGAGGAGAAGGAAGGACUCGUCCCAGGACGACCAGGCCAAGCAGGUGCUGAAGGGCAUGAGCGACGUGGCCCACGACAAGAAGAACCAAGAGGAGAACGGAGACGCGAAGUAUGGUGACCUGAAGACGCGACGAUGGGACAAAAGUUUGGAGAAAUCUCAUCUGGAUUACUCCGAGUUCUUCCCGGAGGACGUUGGACAUAUCCCAGGUGUGACCGUGUGGCAGAUAGAGAACUUUAUACCCAUGCCUGUGGACGAAGCUCUUCAUGGAAAAUUCUACGAGGCCGACUGCUACAUUGUCCUCAAGACGUUCCUGGACGACAACGGCGCCCUGAACUGGCACAUCUUCUACUGGAUCGGCCAGGAGGCCACGCUGGACAAGAAGGCGGGCUCCGCCAUCCACGCUGUCAACCUGCGCAACUUCCUGGGCGCUGAGUGCCGGACCAUCCGGGAGGAGAUGGGCGACGAGAGCGAGGAGUUCAGCGCCGUGUUCGAUAAUGAGAUCUCCUACAUUGAGGGAGGAACGGCCAGUGGCUUCUACACGGUGGAGGACACAAACUAUCCUGUCAAGUUAUACAGGAUUUAUGGCAAGAGGAAUAUCCGUCUGGAAUCUGUGCCACUAAAAGGUUCAUCUCUUGACCCACGGUUUGUCUUCCUGUUGGACACGGGCCUAGAAAUCUUCGUGUGGAGGGGGAGCAACGCCACACUCAGUGGGACCACCAAAGCCAGGCUGUUUGCGGAGAAGAUCAACAAGAACGAGCGGAAGAGCAAAGCAGAGAUCACCACACUGGGGCAGAGCCAGGAGCCCGCAGGCUUCUGGGAGGCCCUCGGCGGCCAGCCGGAGGAGAUCAAGAAACACGUCCCGGAUGACUUCUCCCCCGUCAGACCCAAACUCUACAAGGUUGGCCUGGGCUUGGGCUACCUGGAGCUACCUCAGAUUAACUACAAGCUGUCUGUAGAGCACAAGGACAGCAAGGUCAAACUGGACAUCAUGCCUGACCUCCGACUGCUGCAGUCCCUGCUGGACACUAAGGGGGUGUACAUCCUGGACUGCUGGUCCGACGUGUUCAUCUGGAUCGGGAGGAAGUCCCCCCGGCUGGUCCGGGCGGCGGCCCUCAAGCUGGGCCAGGAGAUCUGCUCCAUGCUGCACCGGCCCAAGCACGCCCUCGUCACCCGCAACCUGGAGGGCACCGAGUGCCAGGUGUACAAGUCCAAGUUUAAGAACUGGGAUGACGUGCUGAAGGUGGAUUACACCAGAGCCGCCGAGACCGUCCAGCAGGGCGGCAACCUACAGGGCAAGGUGAAGAAGGAUGCGGAGCAGAAGGACCAGAUGAAGGCUGACCUCACUGCCCUCUUCCUCCCCAGACAACCCCCCAUGCCCCUCACAGAGGCGGAGCCCAUGAUGGAGGAGUGGAACGAGGACCUGGACGGGAUGGAGGGAUUCGUGUUGGAGGGCAAGAAGUUCGCCCGUCUGCCAGAAGAGGAGUUUGGACACUUCAACACGCAAGACUGCUACGUCUUCCUCUGCAGGUACUGGGUGGCGGUGGAGUACGAGGACGAUGAUAAGGAGAAGAAGGAGGGCGGAGGUGGAGGCGGAGGUGGAGGAGGUGGGAGGGGGGAGGACGAUGAGGAGCGGCAGACUGAGGAAGACUUCCAGUGCGUGGUGUACUUCUGGCAGGGCCGGCAGGCCUCCAACAUGGGCUGGCUCACCUUCACCUUCUCCCUGCAGAAGAAAUUUGAGAGCCUCUUUCCCGGCAAGCUGGAGGUUGUGCGCAUGACCCAGCAACAGGAGAACCUGAAGUUCCUGUCUCACUUCAAGAGGAAGUUCAUCAUACACAAGGGCAAGAGGAAGCAGAAGAUGGACGCUGCCCAGCCCUCACUCUACCACAUCCGCACCAAUGGCAGCGCACUCUGCACCAGGACCAUCCAGAUUGUAACGGACUCGAGCAACCUGAACUCAGAAUUCUGCUUCAUCCUCAAGGUGCCGUUUGAGAGCACAGACAACCAGGGCAUCGUGUACACGUGGGUGGGCCGCGCCGCGGACCCCGACGAGGCCAAGCUGGCCGAGGACAUCAUGAACAGCAUGUUCGACGACACCUACAGCAAACAGGUGAUUAACGAGGGGGAGGAGCCGGAGAACUUCUUCUGGGUUGGGAUUGGUUCCCAGAAGCAAUACGACGAGGACGCAGACUACAUGAAAUACGCUCGACUCUUCAGGUGUUCCAAUGAGAAGGGCUACUUCUCUGUGUCUGAGAAGUGCUCCGACUUCUGCCAGGACGACCUCGCCGACGAUGACAUCAUGCUCCUGGACAACGGCAAGGAGGUGUACAUGUGGGUGGGCACCCAGACCAGCCAGGUGGAGAUCAAACUGAGUCUCAAAGCCUGCCAGGUGUACAUCCAGCACAUGCGUGCCAAGGAGACGGAGCACCCCCGCAAGCUGCGCCUGGUCCGGAAGGGCAACGAGCCUCACUGCUUCACGCGCUGCUUCCACGCCUGGGGGGCCUUCAAGACACCGCCCGCCUAGAGACAAACACACCAUGUUGUUGUUGUCGACCAGUAGGAAGAUGAGGCUGUGGCGCCCCCUGUAUAGCUGCUAGCUUGAAGCGCUCAUGCGUCAUUUAUCCUGAGAGGGAGAGAGAGAGACCAACUCUACUAAUGCUACAGGUGUGUCUCUCCCUCUCUCUUCUCAAGGGGACUUAUGAGGUUAGCAACAAUCACAUUCAAAUGGCCAAAUAAAAACAAAAAGGUUAAAAUUUGCCCGGAUAUUUUUAUACUUAAAAAUGUUUUGUUAGAAGAAAGGUUUGAACGUCAACCCAGUUUUCUUUCUUUAUUUUUAAACCACACAAAAGAACGCGUCUACAUACUUGUUGCUUAUUUAUACCCGUGGGAGGGAUGGAGGUCGUGCUUGUAGUGUGAAGGAAAAGAAAAGGAAAAACUUCAUGAGCAGCAGGCCUGAAUGCAGUUGUUGAUCUGAAGUAGAGAAGUGCUUUUGCAGCAGCUCUAGAAGUGUACAGAAUAUUUUAAUCUAGAGUCUAUGGGACGGCAAGGGUGUCCACCACCCUGAACAUAUCGGCCUGUCGAACAUUGAGGUCAUUAUUAUUAUUUUCUUACCUGGUUCGUUGGGCUACAUGCCGUCCAUGUGGGAGGAAAUGCAGAGUUGUCUUUGUCAGUUGGAAGUUGUGAUGCAAACUUGUUUUAUAAUCGUUUUUUCUUCCUUUUUUUUUUUUUCUGUCUCUUUAUUGAGUGGUUGACCAAGGAGCAGCGUUAUGAUACGGUGGAUGAGUCGUAAUGAGGUGUGUGUGUGUGUGUGUGUGUGUGUGUGUGUGUGUGUGUGUGUGUGUGUGUGUGUGUGUGUGUGUGUGUGUGUGUGUGUGUGUGUGUGUGUGUGUGUGUGUGUGUGUGUGUACUAAAGACAGACCUGCAUUAAAUGCCUCAACCCGGGCACUCUAAACUCAGUCAAAAAUCCGAUAAUUCGGUUUGAAAAUAGAUAGAUACAUUCUGCUGCGACCACUCUAGUCUGAUAACUAGUGCCCAUUUACAAAAUCAGUGCAUGUAAGCGUUGCGCAAUGCCUUUUGGUUGGAUUCAACAGUUUAAAUUACCUGUUUGAAUAAGCCCACGUCAACGUUAUCGUGCUAAUCCUUGAACUGUUUAAUCAUGUGCAAUCAGAUCACCAAGAGAAAUUAAAUCAGUUUGCAACAUGUAUGCAUGAACAUUGCAUGUAUACAUUCAACAUACAUACAAUGUUCCAAAGGUGAUUGCUUUUUCUUUUAUUUUGCCUUUUUGAUAUGUAUUAAUUUUGCAAUUGUUUACUGUAAGCAAAUUCAUGGGUUAAAGUAUUGUAUCAGCUUGGCUUGUUUUAUCAUUUGGGGAAAUAGCUUUUGAUAUUAUCCGUCUUUGGAAUCAAGCUUUUGGCUUUUCUAAAUGGGAGACACCCUGAAUCAUACAGACAUAUCUCCAAUAAUGAUGGUUGUGCACACAGUGGGCAGAUGUCUUUGGUUAAUGUUAGUUUACCUGUACAGGUAACAGUGGGUUAUGCUUGGUGUUAAUCUGUGCGACAUACAGCAAACUGAACAUGAUGUGCUUCUUCUAUCCGCAUCCAUCUUAUCUAGUUUCAGUCCAAGAACCAAAAAGGAUGGCACAUACUUACCUACACUGCAUUUUCAAACAGAAGUGAGGGACUCUGUUUAGUAUCUUUACAGUGAAUUGUAUGCCUGUUUGUGUGAUAGAUAUCAUGCACACGCUUCCGAUGCCACCUGCAAAUGCUUUAUUUAUGGAUUUUGUAAGAAAUUAAAGGUUUAAGUCACUGUG